UUACACCUCGCACGCGCACACCUUUGAUACGUUACGUAUCUCCCUUCGACCCCAAUCCUAGCCGAUCGGUAUUCCAGAUCUGUCCAAUCGUAGAACGUACGCAGAUCCCCAGUUUCGAACUGAGCCGGUCGCAUACCGAGAAGAGGACAGGUUUGUCGUUUGCCUGGCGAGAAGCGCAUCGCGAGAAUAAGAAUUCGCGAAAUUCGAUCACGGCCAAAUCCGAUCUGAGAUUAUACGUUAUAACUGAUCGUUCAACUGUCCAUCCGCCGCGAAACACAUGAAGUCGGUCGGGUUUUCUUUGCGCAGUACAAGGAAACAAUGGCGAACCCCGUGGGUGAAGAUAAUUGGUUAGCUUAUGUCGACGAAGAGAGCCGCCACGCCACCGAUCUCGAGGCGCGCGUCAAGGUUGUCGAACUCUUCAAAAACGCCGUCUCCUCCGAACCUGGGAGCUUAAAGAUCUGGUUGGCUUAUUGCGAGUGGUUUUGGUCACUGUUUACCGAUUGUCAAUCGAGCGAAGCCGGAUGGCCCGAAGAAGAGCAGCAACUAGGUCGCGAUCUAUUCUCCUUCGAUGCUGCCUUGAGCCUUUGGAGUGAAGGCUACGAUGCUAUAAAGUAUCGCAUCAACGAUAGCCACGAAUUCUGGAAUCAAUGGGUUUCGAUCGAGCUUGAACAGUUGGCUAGGACUAGAACUCCAGUUGGUGUUAAGCGCAUCUCACAUCUCUUCCGCGACCGUCUCCAGGUCCCCCAUUCCACCUGGGAGAACACGUCUCAGAUGUUCUCUAGUUUCUUAAGCACAUACAACAAUGCCGCCUACGAGACCGAAUUUAAGGAGAUGACUGCUAGCGCCCAAGAUGCUAAAGCCGCAUACGAAGCACGAGAACCAUACGAGCUGAAGCUAAACAGGGCUACCAAGUCGGGCGACCAGGAAUUGCAAAAGGCCAUCAUGAAAGAAUAUCUAGGCUGGGAGAUGUCGCAGAUUAAGAGGACAAGAAAUCCUGCGUUGGCUGUCUCGCUCUGCCUCGGACUAUUUGCGAGAGUGCUCAGCGGUAUAUUUGCUUUCGACGACGACGCGUGGAGCGACGCUGCCAUUUACAUGUCGGGAAUACAGCACCGAACUAGGACGUCGCAAGUCCAAUUGCCCGUGCCCAACCUGCUGGAUUUCUACCAGCGGGCUACCUCUCACUGUCCUUGGUCUGGCCCUCUCUGGUCGCGUUAUAUCCUAACGGCGGAAGAAGCCGGUUGGUCUUUUCAUAAUGUCGAGGCGAUCAAGCAUGCCGCUACGAACACGAAGGCCCUCGACAAGAACGGCAUGGCAGGCAUCUUGGAUAUGUAUACUGCUUGGUGUGGCUAUCUGAAACGGACGGCCAUGGACCCUAACGCCCCCGAGGACGCGGCUGAUGUAGCCGAAGUUGGUUUACUGGCCGCGCUGGAGGAUGUUGACCUGUGGGGAAGACGUCUCUAUAAAGAUGCAUAUCGGGGAGAUCCUAACUACAGACUACAGCGUAUCCUCAUACAGUAUCUUACGGAAGUAAAGGGCGAAGUUGACGAAGCGCGAAGUCAUUGGGACCGUAUGGCCAGCCAGUCUCUCCUCGCUGACAGCUACGAUUUCUGGCUCAAUUAUUACCUCUGGGAGAUGAUCAUCUAUUCUUCCAAGCCGAAGCCUCGGAGUCCCACUCCAGCCACGCCGGUAGGUAGUACCACAAAGGUCUCGCGGGUUCCUGGCGUUGCUACCAGUGUCCUAGAACGCGCUAUUGCGCGGCCAACACUUGAUUGGCCUGAACGAGUCAUGGAGGUCUAUCUCCAACAUUGCAACGACUAUGAGAGACCCGAGACUCUCCAUCACGCGCUCGAUGUGGUCUACAAAGCUCGACAGGAUGUUGCAAAGCGCCGUGAGCGGGAAAAUGCCGAAGCUGCUGCUGCUUACGCCGCCCAGACGCAACAAGCACAACAGGCGGCCCCUGAUUCAGCUGUAGGCGAUGCCCCGGUACCUAUGUCGCCUUCUGGUUCUAAGAGAAAGCGGGAAUCUACACCGGGUGAUGCAUCACAAGGUGUGAACAAGCGGGUGAAGAGCGUAGAGAUCGAUGCCGCCGACAAUGAGCAACAACUCAAGCGUGACAGAGAGAACACAUCCGUCAUGGUUACGGGCUUACCAGCCGAUGUAACGCAGACGGCCAUUCGCAAGUACUUUAGAGAGUAUGGGCACAUUAACAACUUGGAUAUUCAUAGGGAGGCGGAUGGUGAAUCUAGUUCUGCCUUGAUAGAGUUCAGAUCCACACAAGAUGUGAAGUCGGCUCUUUUGCGUGACCAGAAGUAUUUUGGCCAUAACCAGAUCACUGUCAAACCAGGCACCGGCCUAACGCUCUUCGUAUCCAAUUACCCACCCGCUGCAGAUGAAGCAUACAUUCGUGGCCUCUUCAAGGAUUGCGGUGAGGUCUUCAGCGUUCGUUUCCCGUCUCUAAAGUUUAAUACCCAUCGUCGCUUUUGCUAUGUCUCGUUCAGGGAUCAGGAAUCUGCUUAUAAGGCGACGCUACUCGAUGGGAAGCUCAUAGAAGGCCGGUUCAGACUUCAGUCUAAGUACUCUGACCCUUCGCACAAGAAGGACCGCGAAGGGGCCGUUGCAGAAGGACGUGAAGUUCGAGUGAAAAACGUCGACUCUUCUGCGGACGAGAACGACCUCCAAGAUGUGUUUACCAAGUACGGCAAGGUCACUAAUGUCCGAAUAGUCAAAAAUUUAGCCGGAAAGAACAUUGGCACUGCUUAUGUGGUAUUUGAGACGAAAGAAGAGGCGGAGAAUGCCCUCCAACUUGACAAGGCCAAGUUCAAAUCUCAGAUCCUCUCAGUGGAACACAGCAGGGAGACGAACUUUAAGCCCUUUGCUACGAAUCGAGGUGACCGGGCUUCUGCGUCUCCUAGUCCUAGCGGGAAUGGCGAUGUAGUGAUGGCAGAUGGUCCUAGCGAAUCCAACGGCAGCAGUCUAAAGCCAACCCGUAAGGAGAUUCAGCAACGCACGAUAGCCAUCUGGAAUGUUCCGGACACCGUCAACGAUGCACGCGUUCGGGCUGCCGUCGAGAAGCAUGGUGAGAUUGUGAAACUAGUGCUACGGCCUGACCACCAAGGCGCCAUAAUCGAAUUCAAGGAUGCCGCGACGGCUGGGCGUGCUGCAUUAGGGCUGGAAGGUCAUGAGAUCGCACCCGGUCGUAGGAUUCACACUGGCACCGUGGACGAAUUAUUCAAACAGACAAGUGAAAAGAGACAGGACAAAAUCGUUGCGGGAAAAGGCAAGCCAGCUAAUCACAAGGGAGGAUCGAAGGAACCGAGUUUCAUGCCACCUACCCAGACUGUUCGGAGACCAGUUCCUGGAGGUAGAGGCGGACCAAAGCGAGGACUGGGAUUCGUGGCGUCGAAGAAGGAUGGUAGCAAGGAGAAUCACCAGGGCGCGGAUACGAACGGCACAGCUCCCGCUGUAAAAGCUAAGAGCAAUGCUGAUUUCAAGGCCUUGUUCCUUAAGUCGGGUAAUGGAAACGAUGGUAAUACGAAAGACGGGAAUACUGGUGCUGUCGAUAAUCAGAUGAAUGGGCACAAUUAGAAGGAUGAUGGACGUUACAUAUGAAAGAUUCAUAUGAUGCAUGCACACAUACACAUACACAUACACACACGCACGACCAAAAGGUGGUCAGGCGAUAACGGGAGCAUAUCUUCGGCGUGGGAGAUCGAGUAACGAUGGUCGAUCGAGUUGAAAUUUCUUCCUUGAUACCCCUGGCAUUGGUGUUAAUUACAUUUCGUGAGGCGAGAAU